CUCCCCCUCUCCCUCACACAACAUGGCUACGCGCAGGGGUCGUCCGCGCCGCCGCUCCCAGGCGGACCGAGCUUCCUGCGGAACGCCCGAGCAGCCGAGCGGCGCGGGCGGCACCUCCCUGCUCGCCAGCGCCACCACCUGGCCCCUAAGGCGCUACGGCCGCUUCCUGUCCCCGACGGACAGCGAGGACGGGGAGGGAAGCGGCCACUCCUGGAAGGUUUUUGAAUCAAACGAGGAGUCUGGUCGUCUUAUUCUUACUAUUGUUGUUUCUGGCCAUUUCUUUAUUUCCCAAGGAAGGACAGUGCUGGAGGGCUUCUCAUUAAUUGAUUCCCAGAAGUGGUUAAGGAUAGCAAGACGAGCAGAGUGCCUGCUGCUUCAUGCUCAGUCAAAGCAGAACGAAUGCCGCAUGUUUCGAGUUCAGUUUGGUGGAGAUUCAGAAGAGCAGAUGCUGGAACACUGCUGCAGCUGUGUUCAGAAACUCACAGAGUAUGUGCCAGUUCACGAAGCUGAUGAACUAAGCCAGAACCUCUGUUACAGUCGCAGCCAAGUGGAGGAUACUGAGCAAAAUACAUCAGUACUACAUGCACCAUGUGAGCCUCUACCAGAUACCUGCACAAACUUUGGAGAAAGAAGAUCUACAAUGCAGCUAGCACAGUCUGUGCUGAAUCAGAAGUUUGAGCUGCCCUUGGUGUACCGGCAUUCAGCGUGGAGCGCGCAAGAGCUGGGACCCUUCAUCCGCUUAUGCCUGAUGGACCAACACUUCCCAGCGUUUGUGGAGGACGUGGAGAAGGAACUGAAAAAACUGACGGAAGGCUGAGCCACGUGUAACGCGUCACCGCUGGAACGCCCGCUCCGAGGUACACAGCUUCAAUGCCAUUAAAUAUUUGGAAGUCUCACACAUUUUUGUCAGUGUUUUAUUUUUAAAAACAGGUGAAUCCACUUUUUUUUUUUUUAUACAUCAUUGCACUUCAACAAAUACACAGAACACAAGUUCAUGCAUCUAUAGUUACGCACAUCAUGAGAACCCUGUUAGGUCUAUUUCUACAAUCUUUAAAUCAUGAGAAAUUACAGUGUCAAACUAAAGAUAACUAGUUGCAUAGAAUAUUCACCAUGCUGUAACGUUUCAUUUAAACAAAAAAAAAAUUAUAAAAGUUUGCCUGAAUUGAAUGUACAAGAAUAUGUUGAACACAUCAGUGCAAAAGGAUUUGAGAAUUUACAUGAGUUAACAAAAAAAAAUCACUUAAAAAGCAAUCAUAUAUAUAUAUUUAUAAACUGAAGUUCUGUUUUCAACUGCAUUUCACCACCACCUUGCUGAACUGCUCUGGCUUCUGAAGUCUGACCGCAGGACACCCAAGUCUCUAUAGGUUAAGCCCUUAAGAUAUAUUUCAACCUAGAAUUCCUUCUCUAUGCACCAGAACAGCAUCACCCUCUCAUCUAUCAGACAUACAGUAAGGAAUGAACAUCAGCAGCUUCAAAAUGAAACACGAUUACUGGAUUUUGGUUUUUCUCCUCCCCCCAAAUAUAAAUAUAUACUGUAUAUAUUUGUAAGUCUCGCCGUACUUUACAAAAAGAAUCACUAGAUGGCAGCAGUGCGUUUUUGAGCUUUGCCAAUUUAACAGCUACGGUAAGUAAAAAAUGGCGCAUGCGUGAUCCGACUUACUACUUCUAAUCUUUAAAUAUAGUAAGGAGAAAAAAAAAAAAAGCAACAUUCACAGCACAUCAAGCCCAAAAUAGUUUACACCUUCUACACUGAAGCAGUAUUAAAGUUUAUCUGACUAGGUCAUCCUUGCAGGAGAGGCUAAAUAAGGCAUGCUUUAGACAGUCAUAUUGUUGCUCACUUGAAAAGGAAGAAAAAAAAAAAAAAA